CAUAGCUCACAACAUCGAUCGCUACGGUUGACUGACAUUGACCGAAACAACAUGGAAGCUUCAGCACCAUUAAUCGCGGCCUAUUGGCCGUAUCUUGCCGCCAUUGUCCUUGGAAUAGUACUAACGGAGGUUUUUAAAUCGUUUACAGGMGACAAGAAGCCACUACGCCAUAAAACAGACGUGGACCCAUUGCAAGAUAGCAGCAUCGCUAAAGAUCCACUCGAUGUCGCUAWAGAGGACUCUGAAACACCCCAUAUACCGUAUCCUUACUUUGACGAAUUACAUACUGAAGARGAGAUGAAGAAGAGGGCACGGGAGUUUUAUGUGCUCAUGAAUAAACGCCGGACGGUUAGGAGUAUAUCUCCAAAGCCAGUUCCUUUGGAGGUCAUUGAAGACAUAGUUCGCGUGGCAGAACUAAAGGAAAAGAUUCGUGAAAUAGUAGAAGAAGAAGAACACGUCAACUACGCUAAGCGAAUGGGAGAAAAAUGGGUUAAAGACUUGGAGCAUUUAAAGACAACUUGGUCGAAACCAUACAUCAGCAAUGCACCAUACUUGAUACUCAUCUUCAAACAGGUUUAUGGAAGGACGCCAGAUGGGGAAAAGAAAGUUCACUACUAUAAUGAAAUAAGCGUUUGUAUAUCAUGUGGACUACUUCUAGCGGCAAUCCAAAACGUUGGCCUGGUAACAGUCACAAGUACGCCCAUGAAUGCUGGACCCAGGCUUCGUGAACUGCUGAAUCGCCCGGCCAACGAAAAGCUUCUACUGCUGUUACCAGUUGGUUAUCCUGCAAAAGAUGCCUACAUACCAGACCUAAAAAGGAAGCCUUUGAGUGAAAUUAUGGUGCAUAAGUGAUAAUAAAAAUUAAUCCAAUUCA